AAGAAGCAUUUAAUUAAUCUGUUUGUGUUAUUGCAGGUUUACAGGAGAAUGAAAGCUUCUUUCCAUCUUCCUUUGUGGAGACCUCUCUUCAGAGCAGACUGUCACAGACACAGGACAAUGAGAAGAUGAAGAAAUCAGCAAGAGAAUUAGGAGAUUGGACCCCAGCAUCUUUACAGUGCAGUUCUCUUUCUGUGGUUGAACCAACAGAGCUUGAAUGCAGAACUCACGCGGAAGAGAAAGCUCACUGUUGUCCGGAAUGUGGAGAGAGAUUCUCAUGCAGCAGUGAUCUUCAUAAACAUGCAAGGGUUCAUACUGGGGAAAAACCUCAUAGCUGUUCUGAAUGUGGCAAGCGUUUCUCAGAAAGCAGAAGUCUGAAUAGUCACAUGAGAAUUCACACAGGAGAAAAACCCCAUUGCUGUCCAGAGUGUGGCAAGCGUUUUUCACAAGCACGCAACCUUAAAGCCCAUGCAAGAAUCCACACCGGAGAAACACCUUACUGCUGUUCAGAAUGUGGCAAACGAUUCUCCAGUAGUAGCAGUUUUCGAAGGCACACGCUGAUUCAUUCUGGGGAGAAACCAUUCUGCUGUUCUGAAUGCGGAAAAAGAUUUUCUGACAGCACCGAUUACUGGAAGCACAUACGAGUUCAUACUGGUGAGAAGCCAUAUUGCUGUCUUGAAUGUAGCAAAAGAUUUUCUAGUAGUAGCAAUCUUCAAAAACAUGCAAAAAUUCACAGUGGAGAAAAACCGCAUUGCUGUUCUGAAUGUGGAAAACGAUUCUUACAAAGAUGUGACCUUCAAUGCCAUUUCAAAAUCCAUACCGGAGAGAAGCCUUAUUUUUGUACUGAAUGUGGCAAACGGUUCUUACACAGAAGCCUUCUUCAACAACAUUCCAGAAUCCAUACUGGAGUGAAGCCUUAUUGUUGUACUGAUUGUGGAAAACAGUUUUUACACAGAAGCCAUCUUCAACAACACUCCAGAAUCCAUACUGGUGAAAAGCCUUUCUGUUGUCCUGAAUGUGGUAAACAAUUUUCAUACAGCAGUGGACUUUAUAGCCAUAAAAGAAUUCAUACGGGGGAAAAACCUCACAGUUGUUCUGAAUGUGGAAAGUGCUUCUCGGAUAGCAGCAGUCUAAACAGCCACAUGAGAAUUCACACUGGAGAGAAACCUUACUGCUGUUCUGAGUGUGGUAAGCAGUUUUCUGACAGAUGCAGUCUUAGAAGACAUACAAGAAUUCACACUGGAGAAAAGCCUUACAGCUGUUCAGAAUGUGGCAAAAGAUUCUCACACAGCAGUACUCUUCAUAAACAUGAAAGAAUUCAUACUGGAGAAAAACCCCAUGUCUGUUCGGAGUGUGGAAAAAGGUUCUUGCAUAGAUGCCAUCUUCAACGCCACAUCAGAAUUCACACUGGAGAGAAACUUUAUGAUUGUUCUGAGUGUGGCAAGCAGUUUUCACGCAGCUACAAUCUUCUGAAACACACAAGAAUUCACACUGGAGAGAAACCCUAUUGCUGUCUAGAAUGUGGCAAACGAUUUUCACAAAAAAGCAGCCUUCAGUGCCACAUGAGAAUCCACACGGGCGAAAAACCUCAUUGCUGCUCCGAAUGUGGCAAACGAUUCUACCACAGGAGGAGUCUUCAGAAACACAUGAAUAUUCACACUGGAGAGAAACCUCACUGCUGUUCUGAAUGUGACAAAAGAUUUUCACAAAUAAGCACUCUUCAGUGCCACAUAAGAGUCCACACAGGAGAAAAACCGUACUGUUGUUCUGAAUGCGGCAGACGAUUCUCCCGUAACAGCAGUCUUCAGCAGCACACACGAAUUCACACUGGAGAGAAGCCUUAUUGCUGUUCUGAAUGUGGGAAAAGAUUCUCCCAAAACAUCCACCUUCAUAAGCACAAAAUAAUUCACACUGGAGAAAAACCCCAUUGCUGUCCAGAGUGUGGGAAACGAUUCUCACAGAUCAGAAAUCUUCAGAUCCAUACAAGAAUUCACACUGGAGAAAAACCUUAUUGCUGUUCUGAAUGUGGCAAACGGUUUUCCCAUAUAAGCAACUUCCAGAACCAUGUGAAAAAUCACACUGGAGAAAAACCUUAUAGCUGUCUAGAAUGUGGGAAACAAUUUUCACUUAAGAGCUAUCUUCAGAGACAUGCAAAACAUCAUACUGGAGAAAAACCUUAUAGUUGUUUUGAAUGUGGGAAAAGGUUCUUACGGUCAUGUGAACUUCAAAGCCACACCAGAAUUCACACUGGGGAGAAGCCAUACUGUUGCUUGGAUUGUGGUAAACAAUUCUCACACAGGAGUACUCUUAAUAAACAUACAAGGAUUCACAUUUGAGGAAAACCUCAUUGUUGCUCUGAAUGAUAGAGAGCGUUGUCAGAAAUAUCAGUGUCACAUCAGGAUUUGUACAGCAGAGAAACCUUUUCCUCCCAAAAUGUGGCAAAGGAUUCUCAGAAAACAUUGCCCUUUACUAUCAUAAAAGAGUUUCAUACUGGUAGAAAACCCCAUAAUUGUUUUGAAUGUGGCAAGUGUUUCUCACACAGCAGGAAUCUUAAUAAAUGCAGGAGAACUUACCCUGGAGAGAAAUUAAUUAAUCAAUAAAUCAAUUAAUUAAUUAAUUAAGGAAUCUUAAUAAACACAAGAGAACUUGCCCUGGAGUGAAAAUUGAUUGAUUGAAAUAUAAGGAGAAGCAAAGAGAAGUUUGUGUAAGUGUUACUGGGAUCAACAGAACUCAUCAAAAGCCCAUCAAGAUGUUUUGACAAUUACUAUCAUCCACUACAAAGUACACAAUGAGGGAUUUCUGGGAACUACGCAGGUAGUAAACCAGCUGUACAACUUUUGAACAACAAUAAUGCCAUAGAAAGUCUCAGUUCAAGAAUGAGAUUCAGUCUUGACUUGAGUAUGAGGAAAGAAUAACCCUUUAAGUCUACAAAAACCCUCAACAAGAAAACCCCUCUCAUGUGGCAAUGGAUUCAAAUAGACAGUCAUCAGGGCUACACAAGAAUCCACAUUCUGCCAAAAUGUGGAAAAAAUAGCAGAUAUAAGUUGUGCUGGGACCAGUAGAGCUAAUAAAAAUAAAUGUUCAGGUCCAUAUCGACUUCAGACAAAUUACCGUAACUCGAUACAAAGUGCAAAGGGAAGCAUUAUUGGAAAUGAUGCAGAUACUGGGCCAACCCAGACCCCACUGAGAUGCUAUGAUAUCCUUCAGCAUUAAUAAAGUUUCCAUCCAUCCAUCCAUACAAAGCCAUUAUUUUAUGAUAAAAUAUUCCAGCAUAUCAGUGAGACGAAGCAGUUCUGCAAGGAUAAGUCGGCCAGAAUUCCUCCUUUGGACUGUGGGAAACUGAGAACAUAAGAAAUUUAACAAAUGAGAAAACCCCAUUCAGUUAAGUUGGUUUGUUCAGCUCAUAUGUAAGCUGUCCUUGUAUCUCACCCAGAUGCUCCUUAAAGGUGGCACAUGACUCAGUAGUUUGUUUCAGAUUCCCACAACUCUCCAUGUAAAGAAGCGUUUCCUGGCAUCAGUCUGAAAUACGCUCCCCUUUAAUUUCCAUUGGUGCCCCCCGAAUAUGGGAUUUGGAAUUCUGCUGGAUCGACUUUAUCAACGCCUUUGAAAUCCUCAAAGACCCGGAUUAGCAGGUUCAUCAGCGCAAGGCUAAACAGGUUUAAUUCUCUGUCACGGUACGACCUUUCCUCAAGUCCUGGGAUGUGCUUGAUUUCUCUCCUCUGCCAAGCUUCAUGUUCUGCUAUGUCUUUGUUUUAUUGCAUGGUGACCAGAACUGCACACGGGACUGCAGAUGCCAGUCUCACUUGUGUGUUAAAUAGUCUGAGUAGGAAUGUGGACAAGGAACAUUAUGGUGUGGGUGCAAUGGUGACAGCUGGGGUAAGCAGGUAUUGAGUCUAAAGCGAGGGAGUUACUUUCUCACCUCAGAUGGUAUGUGACUGACUUUAUUAAACUGAUCAAAUAAAGACCAACAACUUGUUAUUUAUCC